CACGAGACCAGCACCACAAACGCCUCGGCCAUUUUGACCAAAUCGGCGUAGACUUCAGUUUACUUCUUGGAUUUGACUCUAUCUUUGCGUAUUUCCUAAAUUUAAAUUGAAAAAUAACAAAUAUGGCUUCACGGAAAAAGGUUCUUCUCAAAGUUAUCAUUCUUGGAGAUAGUGGUGUUGGCAAAACAUCAUUAAUGAAUCAAUAUGUCAACAAAAAGUUCAGUAAUCAGUAUAAAGCUACAAUAGGUGCUGAUUUCUUAACAAAAGAGGUCAUGGUCGAUGACAGGCUGGUAACAAUGCAGAUCUGGGAUACAGCUGGCCAGGAAAGGUUCCAAAGUUUAGGCGUGGCAUUCUACCGUGGUGCCGACUGUUGUGUUUUGGUUUUUGAUGUCACCCAGCCCAAUACCUUCAAGACACUUGACAGCUGGAGGGACGAGUUCCUCAUUCAAGCAAGUCCACGAGACCCUGAGAACUUCCCAUUUGUUGUACUUGGAAACAAGAUUGACUUAGAAAACAGAGCUGUCUCAGCGAAGAGAGCACAAGCUUGGUGCCACUCUAAAAAUAACAUCCCCUACUUUGAGACUAGUGCCAAAGAAGCCAUCAACGUGGAGCAAGCCUUCCAGACAAUAGCCAAGAAUGCCCUUGCACAGGAAACUGACGUGGAGCUUUAUAAUGAUUUCCCUGAUCAAAUCAAGUUAUCCGGCGAGAACAAACAAAAAGCAGAUGGCUGCGCAUGUUGAAAAUAAUAGUAUGAUAUGGAUUGUUAUUUUUUCUUACAAGACUUUGUAAUAUCCUCACAUGAAUAUGUAAAGCGUCGCUCAUGAUGACAAGUUGUUAUGGCAACUAUCCUCUUCAUUWCAUGCACAAAUUAAUUCUUUGUGAGGUUACUCUGAUCGUCACUUAUAUUGUAAAAUAGAAUUAUGGGAAUUAAUACUUUUUUACGUAAGAUGUCUUGUAGAAAGAAGAACUAAUUGGUUGAUUUGAGGUCUUCUAUCAAGUCGACCAAAGCAAAUGAUAUAAAAUGAUAAAAUUGCUAAAUAAUACAACUAGKRUAAUUAAGAUGGUGUUUGCUUUUGUUUCUGUUUCCCAUUUAGUGUCGUGUUGUAGCUUAGAAUGAACAGGAAUAUAUUGAAAACAUGGYUAAAUACUCAACAUAUGUACUUACCUGCUUUGAUAAUAAAGCAUUUAUAGAUUCCAGCUUCAAGUCUUCAAUAAAUAGCACACCAUAGCAUGACAAAAAUGUAGUUUUACUUUCACCAUGAAAGAAARACAUUACUGCAUGUMUUUGRAAAGAAAUAGAUUYAGUAUUAUCAAGUUACUUUUAGAUUGACAAGUCGUUCACAGUCAAAUAGACAUCACUCUUCUAAGUAUAAGUAUUUGAUUGCAAGCAGUUUACUUAUUAGGUCAUUCYGAAUCUUGAUUAGAACAAGGAAAGAUAACCAGGUUGCAAAAAAACUAGUACAGUAAAUUGUUUGCACUCUGUAAAAACUUUAGUUUUAUUUAGCUUAACUCCACCAAAAUGAUAUGUAUUCCAUCAAAACGUCUAAGCCAAAUUAAAUUGUGAUACUUCCAGCCCAA